UCCGGGCCAGUGGCAGCCGGGCUGGUGGCCCUGCAGGAGCCAGGAGCCAGCUCAGCCCCUCACACCCAUCAUCCAGAGCCUUUCCCAGAGCUGGCAUCUUCCCACUCCUCCUUCCCCAGGAGCGGCUGGAGCCGCCAGCCAAAGGAAGGAAGAAGUACCAAGGACAGAAAAUCAAAAUGUUGGUGCUGUCCAACAACACGGCCCUGAACCUGCUCCUCUCCAAACUGCUCCAGGACUGCCUGGAACAGAGCAACAGCUCAGCCCCUUCGCAGGUGAGGAGCACCAGCGACAACCUGGAGAUCAUCUACGUGCUGCUGAUGCUGGGGCUCUUCGGGUUCUUCACCGUGGGGGUGAUGGUGACCAACCUGCGGGCGCGGCGCCUCGAGGGGCCCCGCGACCCCUACAACACCUACAUCGCCACCGACACCUGGCACAAGAAGGACAGGGAGUACUUCCAGGCCAAGAUCAUCGAGAAUUACAAGCUCUGCUGCGUCCUGGAGAACCAGCUGGCCGUGGAGCAGCCGGGCACGAAGAUCCCCGAGGAGAAAUCUUCCUGAGGAAAGGGGGGAAUGGAUUGGCAUGGGGACGGUGUGAGUGGUGCCUGCUGCGGGCCAGGGGAGCUGCUGGCCCUGCUCAGAGCCUUGGCCAGGCUGAAGGAGCAGUGCUGGUGAAGCUGAUGGAUCUGGGAUAUCCCAGAGCUGCCCCAGAGCCCGGCACCGGCGCCGCCUUGGGAUCGCCGUGAGGCGGGAUCCGCACGGAAUGUCACGGACUCAUCAGCUUCACCUCCCGAGCCAGGGCCUCAGGCUGCCAGGGCAUAGAUGGGAUUUUGGGAAUGAAUCCUGCCCCAUGAGGGUGGGCAGGCCCUGGCACAGGGUGCCCAGA